AUGAUCGAGAGAUGGCGUCUUGAGACGCACACAUUCUAUUUUCGGGUUGGUGAGUCUGUCGUGACACUGGAGGAUGUGGUGUUAAUUCUUGGUCUUCCGACGAAUGAUUUUCCAGUUACGGGACCGACACUGAGUAGUUAUGAGGUGUUAGAGGUUGAAUGCUUGGAUCAGUUUGGUGUUGCACUUAGGAAGGCAGACUGCAGGGGAAGUUUCAUCAAGUUGACGUGGUUUCAAGCAUUGAAAGAUCGAUUAGUGUUGGUUGAUGAUAUCCAGAUUCAGAGGUACGUGAAGUGCCACAUAAUGUUAUUGUUUGGGACCGUUAUGUUUGGAGAUAAGUCUGGAGCAAGGGUGCACUGGAAGUUUCUGCCGUUACUCUGUAACUUUGCCGGGAUCAUAUAG